AUGACCUUCACGGAGGGCGCUGCACUGCCCACUUCCCUUUGGGUAGCCUACCACGCUAUGUAUCAGGUAGCAAGAGUCGAAGAAAGAGAAACUGUGUUGAUCCACCAGGCGUCCAGCAGCGUUGGUCAGAUGAUGAUCCAGCUGGCGAUCAAUCGAGGUGCACGUGUUCUGGCGACUGCAAGCACAACCUCGAAGAGAGAGUUUAUCCGCAAUAAGUUCGGCAUUCCAUCGAACUACAUAUUGGCGAUUGAUGAACCUUUGUUCCGCAGGAAAUUAUAUGAGUUGACUGAUGGACAAGGCGUGGAUGUAGUGAUCGGUUCCCUGGCUAGUCCCAGUUAUUUCGACUUCUCUGAGUGUCUUUCACAUUGCGGUCGCAUCGUCGAUAUCAGCCUGGAAGUGCCACGAGGCUCAGCCAACGCCAUUCCUCGCAAGCAGGUUAAAAGCAUGUCUCACACUUCCUUCAACGUGUCAGACAUUCUCCAGAGGAAGCCGGAUUUCGUUCAUCGGUGCUUUAAGAAAGCGGUCAAAUGCUACCUCGAAGAAAAUAUCAAGCCGCCGCAGCCUCUAAGGACAUUCCAAGCCGGGGAUGUUGAGGAGGCAUUCCGAAGUUUUCGGGACCCGGAGAGGGCCGGAAAGCGCGUCGUCGAAUUGACAGAAGGGACGGCCUUUGACGUGGACUGUGUGACUAAGCCUCUUUACACCUUUCCGGCCAACGCCUCCUAUAUCAUUGCAGGGGGGCUUGGGGGGCUCGGUCGAAGCUUUGCGCGAUGGAUGGCAAGCAGAGGGGCGCGCUAUCCGAUCCUUCUCAGUACAAGUUCGAAGAUGACUGGGUCGUGGAAUCUCCACCGGGCCCUUCCGGAAGAUCUGGACUUCUUCGUACUCCUGGCCUCGCUCAACGGGAUCUUCGGAAGUCGAGCACAGGCCAACUAUGCAGCCGGAAACACCUUCAAGGAUGCGCUUGCUCACUACCGGCUGGCUCGCGGACAAAAGGCCGUCUCCAUCGACCUUGGUCUAAUGGUGGCUGAAGGUGUCGUUGCGGAGAGCGAGUUCCUGUUGGCCUCGAUGCGUCGAAUUGGACAUCUCAUGGAAAUCGCACAGGAAGAGCUGAUUGCCCUGAUCGAUUACUACUGUAAUCCUAAUUUACCGUUGCUCUCGGUUGACGAUGCACAGGUUCUCGUUGGAAUUGAAAUGCCCUGUGCAGUGAUGGCAAAGGGGAUAGACCUGCACCAUUCAAUUCGGAGGCCGAUCUUCAGUCAUUUGUUUCGAAUGGGGACACCCGGAUCUUCGGGCGAUCCAAACCGGACUAACGCCGUGGAUAUGGAUCUUCCUGCCACAUUGAAGGCGGCGCCCUCGCAGGAUGAGGCGGCUACCCUUGUCAGCGAGUGGGCCUCUGCAAAGGUCGGCCAAGUUUUGGGGCUGCCAGCAUCCGAUAUUGAACCAAGUAAGCCAAUCCACACUUAUGGGAUUGAUUCACUGGUCGCUGUUGAUUUGAAGAACUGGUUUGAGAGGGAGAUCGGUGCAAGUCUCACGGUUUUUGAUCUGAUGGGAAAUGCCCCAUUGCGGCAGCUGAGUGCACUGGCGGCACUAAAUAGU